GUUUCAUCAGGCCCAUGUUAUCGUGGGAAAUCAUCUGAUCUCUUUUCCUCUGUAUCCAGAGUUUCAAUUGUUUGAUCUAAAAACUAAUUCUAAACGCUGCUUAAUCAAUAUCUUCGUCUUCUCUCUUUCUCUCCGAUUUCGCCGAAGCAGGUUUUUUCGAGGUUUUACAAGGAAACAAUGGAAUCCGCCGGUAAUCAUGGAGGCAUCCAGCAACUGCUUGCUGCUGAACACGAAGCUCAGCAAAUUGUCAAUGCCGCCAGAACCGCAAAAAUGGCGAGGCUGAAGCAAGCCAAGGAAGAGGCUGAAACAGAGGUUUCUGAGCACAAAACCAGUACCGAGCAUGGAUUCCAGAGGAAACUCGAAGAGACCAGUGGAGAUUCAGGUGCAAACGUGAAGAGGCUUGAGCAAGAGACUGAUGCCAAAAUCGAGCAACUGAAGAACGAAGCUUCGAGAAUCUCCAAAGAUGUUGUGGAAAUGCUUCUGAAACAUGUGACCACAGUGAAGAACUGAGAUCACGAGCAGAACCAUCGACUGUAAAAUGGUGUGAAGUGUUGUUUUGAUUGGAUUCGUUCAUUCGUUUCUGAUAGAGUUUUUUGUCGGAUUUGAUGAACUGUUGCUAUUGAUUUUCCAUUUGCGCCUUUGAGUUAUUAUUGUACUCUUCUCUCCAGAAGGUGCUUAGGACACUUUUGUUGUGUUUGUAAUAAAAUUCAAAACAAAGGAAACCAUUGGAUUUUGUUUCAUUGAGAAGGUUGUAAGAAUAAAGUAUAAUCAAAGGCCAUCGAGGGGGUGUAAAAGUGAAUCGUUUCGAGCAUGAAACCUUAAUACUUUUAGAUA